AUCAUAUUCAUAUCCAUGGCUAAGCUUCUUGCGCUAUCUCUUUCAUUGGGGUCCUUCGCUAGAAAAAAAAAGCCCCACCAGCCACAGCAAAAUGAAUAUGAGUGCCAACUCCAACGCAUGAAUGCCCUCAAACCCGAUAACCGUAUAGAGUCGGAAGGUGGGUUCAUAGAGACAUGGAACCCUAACAGCAAGCCUUUCCAGUGUGCCGGUGUUGCCCUCUCUCGCUGCACCCUCCAACGCAAUGGCCUCCGCAGACCAUUCUUCACCAACGCUCCCCAGCAAAUCUUCAUUCAACAAGGUAGUGGUAUUUUUGGCAUCAUUUUCUCCGGUUGUCCUCAGACUUUUGAAGAGCCAACUCAAAGAGGACAAAGCCAGAAGCCUCAAGACCGUCACCAAAAGGUGUAUCACUUUAGAGAGGGUGAUUUGAUCGCAGUGCCUACCGGUGCUGCUUUCUGGAUGUUCAACAAUCAAGACACUCCCGUUGUUGCAGUUUCUCUUAUUCACACCAACAGCUUACAGAACCAGCUCGAUCAGAUGCCUAGGAGAUUCUAUCUUGCUGGGAACCAAGAGCAAGAGUUCGUACAAUAUCAGCAAAGCCAAAGCCAGAAGGGAAAACAACAUCAAGAACAAGAAGAAGAUAAUGAAGGCGGCAACAUAUUCAGUGGCUUCACCCCAGAAUUCUUGGAACAAGCGUUGAACGUGGACAGGAAGAUAGUGAAAAACCUCCAAGGUGUGAACGAGGACGAAGAGAAAGGAGCCAUUGUGAAAGUGGAGGGAGGUCUGAGCGUGACAGCCCCACCAACGAGAAAGCAGCAACAGAGAGCAGAGGAAGAGGAAGAAGAUGACGACGAUGAAGAGGAAGAGAAGCCACAGAAGAGCAAAAGCAAGAGCAGAAAUGGCAUUGAUGAAACCAUUUGCACAAUGAGACUUCGCCACAACAUUGGUCAAACUUCAUCGCCUGACUUCUUCAACCCUCAAGCUGGUAGCAUUACAACCGCCACCGGCCUUGACUUCCCAGCCCUCUUGCUCCUCAAACUCAGUGCUCAGUUCGGAUCUCUCCGCAAGAAUGCCAUGUUCGUGCCUCACUACAACCUGAACGCAAACAGCAUAGUAUACGCAUUGGAAGGGAGGGCGAUGAUGCAAGUGGUGAAUUGCACUGGUGAUAGAGUGUUUGAUGGGGAGCUGCAAGAGGGACAAGUGCUGAUCGUGCCGCAAAACUUUGCGGUGGCUGCAAAAUCGCAGAGCAACAACUUCAAGUACGUGGCAUUCAAGACCCAUGAUAUACCUGUGACUGGCACACUUGCAGGUAGAAACUCUUUGUUAAACGCAUUGCCUGAGGAAGUCAUUCAACACACUUUCAACCUCCGUAGCGAACAGGCCAGGCAGAUCAAGAACAACAACCCUUUCAACUUUCUCGUUCCACCUCCUCGUCACUCUCAAAUGAGAUAUGUGGCUUAGAGCUAUGCUUCAUCUUUUUGCAUCUGCUGUGCUACCCCACUACUGUCUUUUUGCCAAUAGUGCGCGGAUCAAUAAUCAAAUAAAUCAAAGGCUUAGCCUGCCUUUCCUUAUAUAUAUACGUGUGUAAAAUAACGUGAGUCUAUGUGUAUCUAUCCUCAUGUAUGAGUCACCAAACUUUUGCGGGAAAAGCAUAAAAUAAAUAAGUGGAGAAA